CAAUCUUUUACUCAAUUUUUUAUCUGAAUAACUUCCUAUUCUAUUUUCCAUUCUCCAUCUCUCGUUGUGAUAGAACAGAGAUUAUUUUUGUUACUAAAUCUGAACAAGCAUACUUUAGACUAGCUACAUAAAUAGAAUCUAAAUCCUUUAUAAUAAACUUUCAGCAUCAGGUUUUUAAGAGAAGUCAUUAGCAAUCCUCGUUUUAAGAGUAUCAACUUUCACAAAUCUCUCCAAAGUACAACAUAUCAUCAUAGUUUUGAGUUUAUAAGAUAAACUUCAAUUUCUUAAUAACUUUAUCGUUUCUAAUCAUUCCAUAACUACCUCGUUUCUAUCAACUUGAACCACCCAACAAGAUGCCUAGCCAACAACAAAGCGUAAGAGUAACCAGAAGAGGAAGAGUAGAAGAUCCAGUAGCAAACCCUACAGUCAUUCCGCCACCUUCGUCAUCCGGUUUAGACCAAGAAAACCCUACUGAUAGCAAUUUAGAAGGUACAGACAACCCCGACGAAGAAGAACUAGACGGAGAAGCACUCGACGAACAGCUUCGAGACGACAUAGCUGGCCAAAUGGAGAAUUAUCAGCAGGGUGAAGCUAACGAAUCAAAUGUAAUAGCUCAAAGAGUGGACUUGACCAUAUUGGAGAACGAAGAAGAAGAUCAACCGUCAGAAAGCUCUAGUUCAAACAACUCAGAUGGUUCAACAUCGGAUUCAUCAGAUGAAGAGACAUCAAGCUCGUCUUCUGACAGUUCCUCAUCGUCUGAAGAUGAAUCAAACGACUCAGAAGUAUCGGAACAAAAGACGAAGAAAGGCAAACGCAAAUCUAUCAAAUCACUUGAUAAAGCGAUAGAAAACGCCAUAAAGGAAAGAGAGAAAGCAAACAAGAAAGAGAUGAGCACAACCAAGAAGAGAGUGAAAGAAGGAACAAACAAGCAUGGGAAGAAACCAGCUACGAAGAAGAUGAAGUCUUCGUCUUCGGCAAAGAGCAAAGUAUCUAAAGAAAACGGUAUACAUUUUCAAUCUGGUCUAGCUUGCACAUCCCUGCUUCCUACACUUCAAACCUAUUGAAACGAAGCGAUGCUGAAACUGAACGAGAGAGUACCUUUAACGGUUUUGAACCCGUCUUUUGUUCAACUCGAUCAAGAAGAGAGCCACAAGAAUCAGCCAUCAUCAUCAUCCAAAUCGUCUCGCAUAGAGGACUAAACCCACCUUCUGAAUACAGGAUGUCCUUCGGCGAAUGGAUCGAUGGAAUCUCUUUGCUCAGAAAGUAUUUGAAAGAAACUUACAAAUUCGAAAUAUUAGCAAAGCAGCUAAAGAAUCACAUUAAACAUGUGAAGAAUAUAAAAGACUCAACCGAAUGUUGGAUGAUAGCACUCAGAUACGAUAUCAUGUUCAGGUCCCAACUCUUCACGCAUCAAGCAAAAGGUGUUCCAGUCCCAGAUGCAGGUUUAUAUGUAGAAAAUUACGAAAAACGAGCCAAAGAGCAAGCAGCGAAAACGGGAGAACUAUCCUUCGGUAACAUAAACCCUUAUGCAAAAGGGGAGCGUUACGAGAAUAGAAACCCGAUUACGGGUAACUGGAUUGAUAACCCAACUACGACUGGGAUGAAAAGGAAAAUGUCAACCAACAACCGCCAUUCAUCAUCCCACAUAAGACGACCCGUUAGACAUCCUAGAACUCUUCAGCAUCAAGACUUAGCAGAAAGAACAACAAUCGUAAACCAAGUAAGAAACGACGGAGAAGGAACUCCAAUUGUACAACCUAACGCUGUAGACAACAGCGGAAGAGGAGGAAAUAGGAGAGGAAGAGGAGGCACAAACACCAGAGGUAGAGCACGCCAACAGUGAGUCUUGUCACAGAUCUGUCUACAAGAGAGCAUAUUUUCCAGAAUUUCCUUUUUUAUCUUUCAUCUUUUUUCACUAUCUCGGUCCUUUCCGAUUCUGCUCAACAUAGUCAAGGCGUAGUUACUCCCCUUCAUUUAUGAGUGCACUACGUUUUGUUUUUCUUGAAGUAAAUGUCAUAAAUUUGUUGAUUAACAUGUAUAACGAUAAGUAUAACUGUACCUGUGAUCUUUAAACAGAUGAAAGUUGUAUACUCCAUUUUGAUUGAAAGAAAUAGAAUCUUAAUCUGUUAAUUAACAUAAAGAAGUUU